UCCUUUAUGUCAUAUAUAAAAUUGUCAAAUCUAAUAACCUGAAUCAUUAGAUGAUUAAGUUUUAUUUAUAACAAAUUAAGAAUUACCUUUCUUUUAACACCAAAGUACUGUACUAAGUACUAGUUACCGAUUUUUCAGUGAAGUAAAUAUAGUAAAUAAAGGAAGUAUGUCUGAUGUUGGAUCAGCCCUGCCUUCAGCGGCACCUUCAGCCGCUAAUGUAGGUGAUGAGCAGAGGUCUAGUGCAGCUGUUGGUUCAGGCACAGAGGAGAAAGUGUAUGGAGGUUGCGAAGGACCAGAUGCUAUGUAUGUAAAGCUAGUGUCAUCAGAUGGACACGAGUUCAUUGUGAAACGGGAGCAUGCUCUCACAUCUGGUACUAUUAAGGCCAUGCUUAGUGGACCCGGCCAGUUCGCUGAAAAUGAGGCCAAUGAAGUCAACUUCAGAGAGAUACCGUCGCACGUCUUACAAAAGGUGUGCAUGUACUUUACAUACAAGGUUCGCUACACAAACUCCUCAACAGAGAUUCCGGAAUUCCCCAUCGCUCCAGAAAUCGCUCUCGAACUGCUCAUGGCUGCUAAUUUCCUCGACUGUUAAUUCAUGUAGCAUCGGAAUAAAGUUAUAUGUCUUUUUUUAA